GUCGCCUCCCUUUCCCCGUCCAGUUCUGACCUCCUCCCCCUUCGGUCUGUUCACCACCGGCCGGCAGCUACCUAGCGGUUGCUUCCUCGCCGAUCCUCCCCUCGAUCUCGUCGGAGCGGGCGGAGACCGGGCCGCGGCGAUGACGGUGAUCGACAUCCUCACGCGGGUGGACGCCAUCUGCCAGAAGUACGACAAGUACGACGCCGAGAAGCUCAACGGCGCCAACGUCGCCGGCGAGGACCCCUUCGCCCGCCUCUACGGCUCCGUCGACGCCGAGAUCUCCCAGUGCGUCGAGAAAGCGGAGGCGGCGAGGCAGGAGAAGAACCGGGCCACGGUCGUCGCGCUCAACGCCGAGAUCCGCCGCGCCAAGGCCAAGCUCCUCGAGGAGGACCUGCCCAAGCUGCAGCGCCUCGCGCUCAAGAAGGUCAAAGGGCUCACAAAGGAGGAACUUGCGACCCGUAGUGAUCUGGUUGCCGCCUUACCUGAUAGAAUUCAAUCAAUACCGGAUGGUAGUUCUAGCGCGACAAAGAAAAAUGGAGGUUGGGGAGCCUCAGGAUCCCGACCUGGUGGAGGCGUCAAGUUCGACUCUACUUCUGAUGGAAACUUUGAUGACGAGUACUUCAAGGGGACAGAAGAAUCAAAUAAGUUUCGUCAGGAAUAUGAGAUGCGUAGAAUGAAGCAGGAUGAAGGUUUGGAUGUUAUUGGUGAAGGGCUGGCAACUCUGAAGAACAUGGCAUCGGAUAUGAACGAGGAAUUGGAUAGGCAAGUUCCCUUGAUGGAUGAAAUGGAUGACAAGGUGGAUAGAGCCAAUGCAGAUCUGAAGAAUACCAACGUGAGACUGAAACAGACUAUUCUUCAGAUGAGAUCCAGUCGCAACUUCUGCGUCGACAUUAUCCUGCUCUGUAUCAUACUUGGUAUCGCUGCCUACCUUUACAAUGUGCUCAAGAAGUGAGUGAGGUGCAACGGCGUGCUCAUGUCGCGGUCGGUAGUGGUCUUGCAUUGGAUUCUCUACUUGUCAUGUCCUGCUGUGAUGGGCUUCAACAUGUGCCACGAGUAAUUCGUUUCGUCUCAUCUGUGUAAUAUCAUGGUGUUGUUAGAUUGUUAUUAUUAUGCUUGUUGAUGAAGCAGUGAUGAUUAUAUGUGUGUUGACCUGAUCGAUGUCUGAUUGUAUGUAUAUUCGGGAGUAAAUUGCUUAGUAAGAGUAUGAACGUCAUUCUUUUGUUCUAAACCUGGCCAUGUAUGUAUAUUUGCGUUCCCUGGGGACUUUCUUUGAGUGGCAUAAAGAAGUCAUGGAUCACAGUUU